CAUUCUGUCCCCUGCACCCAGACUGGUGGAUUGAACCAACUACGGCUAAGGAGGAUCCUGCAUUAAAAGGGGAAGUUGGCCUUGCUUAUCAUAUCAACCUUAUCGCCAACCCUCCCUCAACACAUGGCCAAAUAACAAUCAAUCUUUCCCCGGUUUUCCCCUGACGACACAUCGAAUCCUAAAUCGUUCCAUCCAGGGAUCUCCUUGAUCUCAUCCAUCUUCCCACUGUUCUGGUUCCCCUGAUCUGGCAGAUCUCCCACGUCGAGCUGCCGUCUGCGUUCCCUCCCAAUCCCUGUCGAUCGAAGCUCGGGCCCGGAAAAAAAAUUAGGGCGUUUCUGGAAGGUUUGGCACGAGGCAUCUACGUGUAAGUGCAUUUGCUUCAAGACACACAUCUCGGUGGCAAUAGUUAUCACUCCUUUGACGCUGCCACCACACAUUCAUUUUGAACAGACAACGCGCUCGGCACCCCGUGGAACCUUCGGAACGACCUCCUGUUCCCACCCAACCAACCUCCGUGACGACUCCGCUGGUUUUCGGUUCACCGUACACUCAUUUCUCUGAUCUCUCUCCUCAACAAAAACUUCCCUUCCCACUACAUCACCCGCAUAUUAGAUAUAAUGAGUUCGCGAACAACGGAACCGCAGGCCGCCCAGGCCGAUGAGUUGCUGUCCAGUAAUGGCUCGGUGCAACAGCCACUGAAGAGCGACGUCGCGCAGAGCGAGGAGGAGAAAGAAAACGUGUUUUUGUUUGCUCCGAAUCUCAUCGGCUACUUCCGAAUCGUCCUCGCCAUUGCGUCGCUUUAUUACAUGCCCCUCCAUCCUCGGACUUGCUCCAUCCUCUACAGUGUCUCGUGUCUGCUGGAUGCGUUGGACGGAUAUGCCGCUCGGUACUUUAAACAGUCUACCACGUACGGUGCCGUCUUGGACAUGGUAACAGACCGCUGCACGACCGCGUGCCUCCUGGUCUUCUUGAGCUCCGCCUGGCCGCGCUGGGCGAUCGUCUUCCAGGGUCUGAUCUCUUUGGACAUGGCGAGCCACUACAUGCACAUGUACGCCACCCUCAGCAUGGGGGGGUCCGGCCAGAGCCACAAGAACGUCGAGGCCACUCGCAGCUGGGUCCUGUACUGGUACUACCAUAGCAAGACUGUGCUGUUCAUCUGCUGCGCUGCCAACGAGAUCUUCUUCAUCGGCCUCUACCUCCUGUCCUUCUCGUCGCCGAUGCUCUCCCCAUCCCUGCUCCAGCCCGUGCAGGGCUCUGACAACCCCUGGAGCGCCGGAGCGCUGGAGCUGGCCCGCGCCAACAAGAUCGACAGCUUCUGGCCGUGGGUGAUCACCGGUGUUUCCGCUCCCAUCAUGGCGCUGAAGCAGUUCAUCAACGUCGUGCAGAUGGUCAAAGCCAGCAAGUGGCUGGUGGAGGGCGACGUCGCCAACCGUCGGGCGGCCCGCCAGGGGAAGAAGAACUGAGCUGGACGACCGGUCCGGUGGAUUGGUCUUGCCUUUCCUUGGGGCUGUUGAUCCGGACAGGGCAUCCCGUGAUUGACGCCCACGUUCUUUCUUUGACCGUAUCAUCUUCUCUGUGCAUGGUUUUGGUGCUCUGGCUGAUUUCUGGGGAUCGUGAGCAGCCCUUGUCUUUUUUUCGCUUUUCUCCUGCAGAUCCAGAGGGUAUCGGAUCUGGUGGGAAGACUUGGGCGGCUGUGUUCGUUCGGACCGUCCCUGACCCUUUUCGAGUAUGGAUUUUUAGUAUACUUUUCUUUUCUCUACUUUUUUUUUUCUCUGUCUUCUUAUUUCCAAUCUUUUAUAUCUUUUAUUUUCUUUACUUUUACCUCUUGAUACUUCUUGUGAUUAGAUUUAUUUUCUGGCAUGGUUAUUUCUCUCUUUUUAAUUUUUGUUGUUAUUUUUCCUUUUUGCUCCUGCUGCUACUUCUUCCCUGUUGUCUUCGGAUCCUUGUGUAUAAGAGUAGGAAACAGUAUGUAGUUUUAUUUUGGCAGGGGACGUGGAGACUCCCUGAUGGAAUGUGACCAAUGAUGAUAACAAUGCUUGAGCUUAGUAACCAGCGCUCUCC